UCGCCACACGCCCCCUUUCUCAAAUUCUCUCCCUCACUUCAACCACCAUGUGUGGCGGCGCUAUCAUCUCCGAUUACGUCGAGCCAAAUCCCGUCGUUGUCGACAACCUCCUCUGGCCUAACCUCGACACCACCUUCUCCGACCUCCUCGGUCUCGACCUCUCCGGCCAAAACUACCCCUUCAACAACACUCCCUCCAAUGUCGUUGCAGAGACCCCCAAACAACUCUCUCAAGUGAAAAGUGAGAAAGUAGAAGGGAACGAAGCAGUAGGUGGAAAGAAGAAGCCUCAAAAGAUUCGGAAAAGCAAAUACAGAGGGAUCAGGCAGCGACCAUGGGGAAAAUGGGCCGCCGAGAUUCGAGACCCACAAAAGGGCCUACGUGUUUGGCUCGGCACCUUCAACACUGCUGAAGAAGCAGCCAGAGCCUAUGACCAAGCCGCCAUAAGAAUCAGAGGCAAAAAGGCCAAAACCAACUUCACUCACCCCCCGUCGCCAACCUCGCUACCAUUGCUACCACCAUCACUGCCACAACAACAACUCCCAACCACUUCCAGCCCUAGCUUCGACAUCGAACUCAAAGACCAAAUCUCGACCUUGGAAUCAUUCCUCGGCCUCGACCCUUCGCCACUGGUGGAACCGAUGGCGGACCUCUGGUGGGUCGAUGACCUUUUCACAUAUCAACAACAAAACUUCCCAUUCUAAUCUCAAACCUAAAAUAAAAUAGUAAUACUUACUGCGCUUUACUAGUAAGAGUCUUCUACUCACCAUCGUUAAAAAUUUGACCGUAAAAAAAAAAAAAGAGUAAACCGACGUCAAAUUUUUUAUGGAUGUGAUUAUUACGAAGAUUUUUACUCACAAAUCAAUAGGUAAGUAUUAUUUAUUAAAAAAAAAAGAACCCAACUUUUGUUAAUAUAAGAAAGGGGUUUAUGUCGUUCCCUUUAGUUGGGUUUUGUUCUACACAUUUUAGUUAUAAUAUGGUGUGUGUUUAUGAGCUUUGUGUUGUGGAUGAUCAGACAAAAGUUUAUAAAUGUUAAGGUAUU